AUGAUCAACGAGGCGGAGCGGGCGUACUACAGCCGGCCUUUUCCGAUUCAGUAUUGUGACGAAGAAGUGGACCUGAAUGAGGGUGUAGUUUUUGCGACUGAGAUCGACCUGCUAAAUACGGCGGGUGGCGGUCUGGUCGGUGGCGGUCUGGCGGGUGGCGGUCUGGCGGCCGGUAAGGUGGGUAGCCACCAUGGUCAGGUGGGUGGCCACCAUGGUCCGGCGGGUAGCCAGACGGGUAGCCACGGUGGUAUGGGUCCGAAUGGAAAGGAGGACGUGCUGGGUGCUGGCGAGAGUUGCGUCUAUUUGGAUUUUGCUCUCCUCUUUGCGGAGAGCAAGCACCCGAGUGGGUCUGAGGAGUUCGUGGAGGCGGCGUUCCAGACGCUGAAGGUAGUAAACCCGCACCUCGGGACGGCAACAGGAUACCGGCUGACAUUCGACUCUUUCCACUCGUCGGUCACGACCAUCUCGGUCAUUACAUGUCUCGCAGACAUCAAACGUGCGACCGCACGGCGCGACCUGAGCCUUACCGCACCCGUUCUGCCGGUCAAGGCCUUUCUGCCCAAAGCGCCGCCCUCGCUUAAGUACAUUGGUCAGGCGGCAGUUGGCAGCCAUAACGGAGUCCAGGGUGGCGGUAACCAUGCGGGACCUGGGGGCGCUGGCCCUCCUGGCGCAAGUGUGGAGAAGAAGUUGAAUGCGGUCUACGACUCGGAACGGAACGUGGCAUUGGCGCUGGAUGCGGACGCGCCCGUCUACGGUUCCCAAGAACGGCGCGUGGUCGAGACGGAAGGCUACCGGCUACCCAAAGCCGGUUCCUGGCACGAACCAAGUUUCCACGACUACCUUUGUCUCUUUGGCGCUGGCUCCUCGGAACCACUCCCCGUGGAUGUGGGCCAGGUCCUGCGAGACCGCGCAGACGCAGCAGACAAACACUUCCAGACUUUGCUCCUGCGUAGUUACUUCGUCCUCGCGGCACUUACACACACUCUCCUUAGCCGCUGUCUUGUCCCUGCCGACGCCGCACACUACUCCUGGCUCACCGGCCUCUCACCUCUCCACCUCCCCGGCGGCCUCACUGUCUACUGCGGCCCCGACGGCCUCCCUGACCCCAAAGAACCUUUCAAGUGCCCCACCGAUGCCCUUGCUGACACUUCGGCACACACUCUCUCAACCCACGGUGUCUCCCUCGGCGACCGCUCCGCCGGCACCCGCUCCGCCGGCGCCCGCUCCGCUGGAGGCCGGUCUGCCGGCGGACGGGAAGGAACUGGAGGUAGCAGCCGGCGCGGUGGGCUCGACCGCGCCCUGGAGAACCAACGGACAGCCAACUUGCGGAAUGACUACGCGAGAAAUUCGGGCAUCACGGACAGCAUUCAUGUCACGGUUGAGAACCGGCACCUCCCGUUCGACUUUGAGAACAAGGCCCGCUCCUGCCACAGGUACUGCUCUCUCAGCAGAGACCAGCGGUCGCCGUCACCGAGUAGGCCCCCUUCCCAGAGCAAGCCACCUUCCUCGCGACGACGACCGUCUGAAAGCCGACUCACGCACCUGGCAGACCCUUUGCUGGGUCCUCGUCCUCCUUCGGCGACUGGGCACCAAUUAGCUGGCGGGGGGCGUGCCGGGAAUGGCCGCAUUGCGAUUGAGCAACCGCUUGAACGCAUGAUUGAUGGACGCAUGAUUGACGGACGCAUAGUUGACGGACGGGUGACUGAGGAGCAGUAUGGUCGGAGUGUGGGUCGGAAUGCGGCUGGAGUUCGCGGGGGGGCCCGAGAGUCGUCGGUGAAUAGUCGUGCUCGAACGACGGCGUCUGCGACCCCAGGUAUGAAGGGCGACUGGUUGAAUGGAAGUGUGACAUUGUGUCUACCGUACAGUCCGUUGAGCGGGCGGGCGCGUAUCCGCGAGGCCCACCGAACAUUGACGGUGGACCUGGAGGCAGCUUUAAUCGACAACGUGAAUUUAAUGUGGGCACAGGUGGCGGAGCGUUGGCACAAGUUAUGCAUGCUCAUGUGUUUAGCCCAGCGGCAAGCCUGUUUCUAUUUCGAACUCCUACAGGCCGUCAAGGAACAAGAAGUACUCAGUCGUGUGUUCCGGCGAGAAGUGAUUGAGAAGGGUUUCCGACACGUAGAACCCGACCCCGCCGCUUUCCACACUUCAAUUUCCGACCAGUACCGCCUAUGCUGCGAAUGGUCGGCCUCCGCCGUUGAGGACUGCCACGACCCACUGAAUGCCAAGACGGCACCACUCAUUUUUGAAGAGGUCUAUUUGGCCGCAGGAAGCCGGACUUCGCCGCCAUUGGGGGGAGGACCAAUUUCUUCUAGCGGACCUGUGUUGGGACCGUCCGUUGGGCUCGGAGGCCCGUCCUUGGGGGGUCCGUCAUCGUUCACGGGGCCGUCUUUAAGUGGUCCCGUGGGAGUGGUGACAUCACCGUCGUCACGGUGCCACCCGGAUUUAUGUGCGGACACGCCGGGAGACUGGCUGGACGAGGCGGUGCCGUUUGAGCAGGUGACGUCUCCGCAGUUACCUAUGUCACCACUGACCCACUUGGACCCCAAGACGUACGAGGGGCUACAUUUGAUCAUCUUAGUCCACGGGUUCAAGGGGAAUUCGUUCGACUUACGCAUUUUCAAGAAUAGUUUGCAGCAACUGUACCCGGAACACGUGUACUUGCUCAGUGCCGUGAACGAGAACAGGACGGACGACGACAUCGAGGAACAGGCAGAGCGACUGUCACAAGAGGUGUAUAAGUACGUAACCGACCUGUGUUCCUGGGCCAACAUCGGUCGGGUCAGCUUCAUUGCGCAUUCGCUGGGCGGGUUGAUUGUGCGCGCGGCCAUUCCCCGUCUUUGCAAAAUACCCGAUCUAAACUCGGGCGACGGCACAAGCGUCAAGGACAAGCUCCAUCUGUAUAUGUCUUUAUCGAGUCCUCAUCUGGGGUACACGGCAGCACGUAAUAAACUUGUAGACGCCGGACUGUGGGUCUUGAAGAAAUUCAAACGCUCUGUUUCCCUGGCACAGAUCUGCGCCAACGACCACAAGGAUUAUAAACAGACGUUCCUCUACCGUCUCAGCAAAAACGGCGCUUUGCGAUUCUUCGAUCACGUCAUCCUGGUAUCCUCUCCGCAGGACAACUAUGUUCCCUACGAGUCGGCCCGCGUCGAGUUCAGCCAACGAGUCAUGAAAGACCCCAUCUGGUGCACCAUUCACCACGACCUAGUCACCAACAUCAUGGCCGACAUCACCCACAACCCACAAGCCGAGGAAACCAACCGAUUCCUCCGUAUCGAUGUCUGCUUCCGGAUCGCCCAGAAAAAUCUAGACUCCAUUAUUGGAAGGACAGCCCACAUCAACUUCCUCUCCUGCGAACAACUCGCCUACAUGCUCACGUCCAAAUACGCAAGCAUGCUCUCCUGA